CACAGCGACGCUAGGAGAUUGUUGGUUGCCCCGGGUUACGCUUUCUAACAAGAAGUUGCCCAUUUUUAAAACAAUAAUGGGAAUCAGGAACACGAUCCCGCUAAAAGAUGACAUUUGCGCCGGUAAAGGCAAGUUUGCUGUUUGCCAGAAGAAAGAGAGCAGUGACAGUCAUGUUGCAAUAGUACACUCUGACGCGAUAGAGUUGAUGAUUCUGGACAAGAGGGGAAAUAUCCAACAACAGCACGUGCUGGACAUUAACGAACUAAUAGUCGAUGAACCCGAUGAUAUACAAGUCCGAAAGUUUGAAACACAAACAAUAAAGAAGUCACAACUAAGACAAAAAGAAGGUAGCGUCCAAUCGAAUACUUUUCUUUGGCAGGUAUUGUGGUGCGACAACGGCGACGAGCCCGUGCUCAUAAUCGCCCACACCAAUCAUCUACUGCGAGUUAUGUUCGACUGCUCGACUAAAACGUGGAAAGCGGAUAUAAACAGGAUGCUGGAUCAGCAAGGAUGGAUCAGCUCUCUGGCGUCGAUCAACGGGUAUAUAUACACAGGUGAAAUAGACAAAUCCGGGCGGAGGAGGAGGACGAUGAAAAGAGUUUUACAAAGUACAAAAUCAUGUUCUACGACAGGGAGCAACGAAGGUCUAUGGGAAAUAGGCAGUCAGGACAUGCUGUCUCAAAGCAAACUGGGCAAGUUCCCUACCACGGUCAUCUGCGUGUCCGCAGAAUAUCUAGCGGCAGGAGAUGAACAAGGAGGUAUCGUCCUAUUUCAAGGUGGACCCAAUUCUUGGUCUCAAAUUCAACGCAUUCAGGAGAAAUCGUCAAAUUGCUGCACCAGCAUGUUUAUCCUUGAAGCCAGGGGAGAAAACGUUUUGAUCGCAGCUUUCAGCACGGGAUUAAUCCGGGCCUACAUGUUGCCGACGAUGGAAUGCCUAUCCGAGAUCGCAGGUCACAUUCGCUGGAUAACUGAAAUAUUUCCAGUCAAAGGCGGAUUUGUCUCUGCAGCCGAAGACGGUUUUCUGCAUCUGUGGAUUCUUGGGAAAAACAACGAUCCCAGCUGGGAUAUCCGCUACAUGACCAGUUUAGAAUUAAAGGACUGCAUGAUCACAGGAGCAGCUCCCUUUACGGACAAAGGCGUGUUGGUGACGGCCUACGAUCGACCUCAACUUUUCUGGGUGACGCUGGUUGGACGCGUAGAAGAAGAACCGAUAGACAAUGACGACACCCUUUAAGUUCUUUCAAGACAAACAAUUUACCGGGUUUCCCGAUCGAGCUACGCUCAAUAUACGCUUGAAACAAUUC